ACUUCUUCUGCUGCUGCCUUCUCUCCCACAUCGACUCUCUCUUUCUCUGUCUCCGUUUUUUUGUUGGGUUCUCCUGUUUUCAAUUACAUUGAAAAAAACAGAGUAGGAAAGGCAGGGGAUAUUAGGAAGAACUACUUAAAAGAAUUUGUUGGCAGUGACAAAAUGCUGGUCCAAGUUACGGAAGAUGGUGAAUGGGUUGAUAAUAAUGGUGAUGAUGGUGGUGCAGUAGAGUUUGAGAGUGAUCAAAUCACUUACCUUGCAAAUAAAAGAUUAAUCUCAAUACCAGCAGAAACACAAGACGAGAAAGUAUUGACUCAUAAUCUUCUCAAACUAAAACCUGUUGGUUUAAACAUUGGAAAUGCAUCUGCCCUCCAAGAGUUAUUGGAGAAACAGUUCAAUCAAGCCAAGAGUAGUCAGAAUUCCAAGGCAAAUCGUAGCACGAAACAACGUGUAGAUGAUUCCACAUUCCUUAAAAAUGCAGAGAAGAUGAAAGCAACAAAUUUUUCUGCAAAAUUAGUUAAAAUUGGCUCGUGGCAGAUUGAAUCAAGGAUAGAAGGUGAUUUGGUGGCUAAGUGUUAUUAUGCUAAGAAAAAGUUGGUGUGGGAAUAUUUAGACAAGUCAAUAAAAUUGAAGAAGAAGAUUGAAAUACAGUGGAGUGAUAUCUCAGCCAUUAGAGCCAUUAUUCAUAAUGAACAUGGAAUCCUUGAUAUUGAGUUAAACAAUCCCCCGACGUUCCACGAUGAGGAUGAUCCACAGCCGAGAAAGCAUACUUGUUGGAAACUCACUAGAGACUUCACCAAUGGACAAGGUUCCAUUUAUAGGAGGCAUCGUCUUGUAUUCCCUCCUGGAUGCCUUGACAAACACUAUGAAAAGCUUUUGUCUUGCGACGAGCGGCUGUUCGAGUUGAGCCACAAAUCGUUUCCAAGUUCAAACUCUCCUUACUUUCGCUCAAAUUCAUCGAGACAAUCCAGUUUGUUUGAAAACAAUAAUGCGUAUGGAGUUGAUGGAAUGAAACACGGCUCGCAAUUUCCUUUUUCAUAUGGAUUUUUGCCUUUGCUUGCUCCUUCACAGACUCCAACAUACGGACAACAACCAUUUCAACCAUUUUCUGCUUCAAAGGAAACGACAACUUCACCGAUAUCAGUUAUUGAAUAUCAACAAAUAGAUGAGAGUGGCACUAGAUUUGUGAACAACAAAUUGAUGACAUACUUCGAUCCUCAACGAACGAGAAGUUAUGGAAAUGAUUUGCCUCAAAACCUUCAGACAUUGAUGUACCAAGCAAAUAAUCAAGUUGCUUAUCACCAGAGCUUAAAUACAACAUCAACUCUGAAUUCACAAUCUGAGCUUCUAGCUCUAGACAGCCUUGAGGAUCAUCUUUUGAGCAAUUCACUAGCUAUGGACAACAACGAAAGUAAUUUCCUUCCCAAGGUAGAUUCAUUGAAUGAACUAUUGCAUGAUCAUGUUGUUCCUAAGCAGUUUGAGAUCUCUAAUUUUGAAUGGAGCGAGCAACCAUUAUAUCAGCAGCAAGUUCAUUACCCUUCUCAAAUUUCUAAUGAGGGAAGGUUCGACAAUGCAACAUUUGAUGAGUAGCAACUCCACGUAUCAACAACAUCCAUCACGACCGGCUUCUAUUCUUGAUUCCAGCAUGCAAGACUUCUCCCUUGUCAAAACAAAAAACGAGAUCACAGUCAGAAUCUGAAUAUGAAGCCCCUAGGGUUUCUCUCACUAAAUAAUUGGAUGUUCAGGUGUUCUUAUUUGUUAAAUAUCUAGUGUACUCACUAUUAUGAGCAAACUGCCCCAAUUGAAUUUUGGUCACACAAACGAAUAUUCAUGACAUGGAAGCUUAAACUUUCA